AUGUCGGUGACGGUGACGCUGGCCGGCCCCGCGCCCUGGGGCUUCCGCAUCAGCGGCGGCCGCGACUUUGGGAAGCCCAUCGCUGUGUCCCAGGUGGCGGAGCGCGGCAAGGCGGCGGCGGGCGGCCUGCGGCCCGGGGACGUCAUCGUCUCCAUCAACGGCGAGCGGGCGGGCGCGAUGCUGCACGUGGAGGCGCGGAACAGGAUCAAGCAGAGCGCGGGGCCGCUGCGGCUGCAGCUCGAGCGGUGCCCGGCGCCGUCUCCCGGCCAUGCCAAUGGGGAGAGCUCUCCGGAGCGGCUGGCCGCCCGCUUCCAGGACGCGGUGCGGACGCGGGAGCAGAGCCGGGGCUGCCCGAGCGCCUCCUAUUGCAGCCCAGCCUCCCUCGGCCCGCGGCCCGGCAGCCCCGGCCCCGCCGGCUCGCCCAGCUCCGUGCCCGGCAUUCCCAUGGAUCCUCCCGCUCCCGGCCCCCUCCAGCAGGAGCGGGGCCGCCCGGGCAGCUCCCCGGCACCGGGACCGCCUCCCUCGCCGGGGGUCCGGGCCCCGCCGAGCCCCUGGAAUGUGCCCGGAUGGGCCUCGCCGGAGCCGCGCAGCAGCCCCGUCUCGGCGCCGGCCGUGCGGCGCCCGCCGGACCCCUCGGACGCAGCCCGGACACCGGCGGAGCCGCGCCGGCCCCCCCGCCAAUCCAGCACCUUCCGCCUGCUGCAGGAGGCGCUGGCGGAGGGCGGCGCAGCCGGCCCCGCCGCCCCCCUGCCCGGCCGGCUCUCGCCCGGCGCCCGGCCGCCCGCGCCGCCCAAGCUGCACGAGUGCGAGAAAUGCGGCGGCACCAUCGCCACGCAGGCGGUGCGGAUCCGGGCCGGGCGCUACCGGCACGCGUCCUGCUACGCCUGCGCCGACUGCGGCCUCAACCUGCGCCCGCGCGGGCACUUCUGGGCGGGCGACGAGCUCUACUGCGAGAAGCACGCGGGGCUGCGCUACCGCGGGCCCCCGCGCCCCUCCGCGGCGCACACGCAGCACGGAAUAUAGAGAUAAUAUAUACGUGCCGGCGGCCCCGCGGGCUCUGUGGCGGGACGGCCCCGCGCUGC